GUGGAUAGUUCGUUGUUGGGAACAAUUACGAAGUUUUUUGGUACUUAUGCGCUUGUUGUGGCAUUGCUAUUGCCGUAAGAUCGGUGAGCUUGUAGGUACCGUCAUUAGAACGAAGGUGGGAAGUGUAAUAAUAGCAACUGCAUGUGGGUCUGUUUUGUCUGGAGUAUUUUACUUUACUGUCAAUGGUUAUGAACAUGUAAAAAUGAAGACUCAAAAGGCUGAUAUUAGACAUCUUUCGCUAGAAGAAAAGUUCCGUACUUUCGCCUCUUUGCGAUUUAACGGCGUUUUGUUGAUGACCCCUUCAGAUUUCCUACGUUCUUUGGUUGAUGAUCAAAAGCAGGUCAAAAUGAUGAUAAAAAAUGAACCGCAAUUCAUCGAGAAAAUAAUGACCAGAGCAUCUAAGAAGAAACAUGGAUCUCGUUUUUUUCGAAACCUUCAAAACGAUGGGAUAAUAACAUUUUCGGAAUAUUUGUUCUUGCUGCAUAUACUAACAAAAUCUUCUUCGGGUUUUGAAAUAGCAUUCAAAAUGCUUGAUAGGGAUUUAAGUGGAUCUGUUGAUGCUAGAGAAUUCAUGAUCUUGAACCAUAUAAUCGCAGAAAGUACUGAUGAUAUACCUGAUACCGAUAGAGGGGCAUGUGAUCUAUUGCUUCCGGCAGACCAAGCUUAUAAUACAACUCUUAUGACUCACCUAUUUGGCUAUAAUAAGACUCAUAACCUGAGCUUUGAGGAAUUUAAAAGAUUCAUGCAUAAUGUUCAAACAGAAGCAUUAGAGGUUGAAUUUCAGGAGUUUUCUUCAGGCUCAUCUGCAAUUACACCAGUGGAUUUCGCUCGUAUUAUUCUUCGUUAUACCACAGUGUCUACUUCUGAGUAUGAUGCAUUCAUAAAUCGACUUGAAAAGGCUGUUCCCUCUAACAUAGUAAUCUCCUUCAACGAAUUUCAGAAAUUCUUCAUGUUUCUAAACUGUUUGGAUGAUUUUGCACUGGCAGUAAAAAUGUACACUAUUGCAGGCCAACCUAUAUCACUACGUAUGUUUGUCACGUUUUUGCUUUUUCUGCAAAUGAGGUUUGAAAAAUAACCAGUUGAUGAUUUUCUAGAAAUUCAAUGUUGUUUCAGAAUAAAAUCUUGUCUUUAGGUACCUUCAAGUGACUUAUAAUCUUUCAACAAAAUAUCUAAAUACUGAAAAAUUGAUUUUUAGUAGUGAGCUUAUUCAUAAUUUCGGGAUAUCUAUCAGUUUAAUCAUUAUUUUUUCGUUGAGAUGCAAAUCAAAAUAUGAUAUCAUUCACGUGUUGGCAUAAACGAAAAUGACAGAUAUACCAAAUUCACUGGUCUUAAUAACAACUUUCGAUCACGACUGCAGAGUUCAAGUUUUAAACACCUGCGACGUGUCGCUUAAAAUCAUUUUACAAUCGGUUAGUUUUCCACGUUUUGGAACAUGAGGUUUAUGGGGCUAGCAGUCAUAUCAUAUCUGAUCUCAACCUGUUUCGAUUCAUUUGACUGUCUCUUUUGGCAUCUCUGUUGGUGCUGGUUAUCUGUGACAAAAUCCUCAUUUUCAGUAAAAAUCGAAUGUAUUUGAGAAGUUUACACUUUUUUGAAACCUUAACCUGGAACUCUCAGUUUUACUGUCCUUCAGCAGGCCUAUCUCCGAUGAUUGGCGAUAAACGAACAAAUUUCAGUUAAUAUUAACUACGAAGUCCCAAAUAAGUCGACCCUUACAUCAUGGAUUUAACUUCAGUUGAGCUUUCUUUUUAAAUAUAUCUAGAUGUAACAAAUGAUGUAUAUGAGUAGUAGGAUUAGAGCUGAAUUAUACUAGACGGCUUGGGUAACGCUUUAACUAGGCUAACUCAAGUUUAUUUGAUGUUCAUAACAUCCACAAUUAUAAUACGUUUUUCUUUGGUUAAUUUAUUAAUCUCUUAAUUAUUUUUAUACACGUUCAAUUUUUAAUCUUUUCUAGCUGAAUUUAAGCGAGCUGUUAAAGCGUGCAUUGGUAAUGAAUUAAGCUCUGAUGUUUUAACAGUCUUGUUUGCCUUAUUUGAUCGUGAUGAAGACAAUUGUCUUAGUUAUAAUGAAUUCAUUCACAUCAUGCGGGAGAGACAUUCUGGAGGACUGUCGCGUACUUCUAAGCAUAAUCAAUACACAAGGAUGUUUCGAAAGUGUCUAAAACGUGAACUCCAAAGUUCAGUGAAUUGAGGACAAGAAUAACAGUGUCAUAAUUCAAACUUUAAAAUCAACUCUUACGCCUAUAUGAAUUCAAUAUCAUAACUCAUUAUUCCUCUCUUCGGUAUUGAAAUAACAACAAUGAUCCAAAGGAUCAGCUUUAUUUUGUUCAGCUGAAUUAUAAACAUAUUUAUUUUUGAAUGAAUGUAAUGGGUAAAUGAACAAGUCUUUGAAUAAUGCAUAGAAUACGACAGUCUUUCAUGUGGAUGUCUUGAAUUGAACGCAUAAACAAGUCAACAGACUGAACCAGUUUCAUGCUAACAUUUUACUCCUUGCUUACGUUUGUUUACAUAAUUUUUCAAUGAAAAAAUGUAUUUCCUCAUGAAAAUAACUACUUAGGAUGUUUGGAACCGAAAAUCAAUUAGGCUGUUUUAUUCAAUGUUAAACAAUCUGAAACAAACGAUCAAGGUAUGGUAUUUGAUGACUCUCUGGCUGAUCUAUUCAGUUUCCUCAAAAAUGAAAUAGAUAGUUACUAACCAUUUCUGUUUUUGUUGUCUAAGUUUAUUAGCCAUAAUUAGAUAAAUAUUUUUUAGUUAAAAAUCAUUUUCAUUGUGCAUAAAAUUUCUAAAUCAUAAUGUAAUUCAAUAGAGUUUUGUUUGAUUUGUUUUUGCCCAACAACUCAUGUGACAGACUUUAUGAAACUAGUUUUUUCUUAUUAUUUGCAUUAAACAAUAUAAAAUUUUGUUAGUUUAUUCCAGUCAUUUAUUUACUCUGAAGAAAUGGCUUACAUUAAGUCACGAAAUGUCAGAAAUACAAUCCUUUUAUUCAUUGGAAUGCAAGAGAAAAUAUAUAAUUAUUAUUAAAAUAUAAUUGAACAACAGUGUAUAUAGAUUCAAUACCGUUAUGUAAAUCCUCUUGCUCGAAUUAUGAUGAAAGAAAUUUUAUUUACUUUGUUUCAUUUCUUGAUACGAUAUAUUUUUGUUACACAAAAAUAUUCUCACUCCCUUUUUUAUGUAAUGAAAAUAUUUCAUUUUGACGAAUUUUAUUAAUUUAUUUUGAAGCAGUAACAUUCCCUUUUGUCCUCAUACUUAAAAUAUAACAUCAAAUAAAACUUUUAAUUCAUUAAAACAAUGGAAGUUUCUAGUUGCCAUCUAUUUUUUAAACUAGUUUGUUAAUAUGAUUUACAAAACUAUUUGAGAAUAAUCUCUAAUGUACAUAGCUGCACUUUUGUGUUCUUUUUGAAAAAGUAAUUUUUAAAACGAUUUUCAAAGUAACUUGUAAUAUUUCCCUCUCUCAAGCUUAGUCGUAAUAUCAGUUGAUAUAAACUGCUAAGAUAUAGAAAUAAGAACAUAAUAAAGGUACAAUGAUAUUUU